AUACAGUAAACCAGACAAAUAAAGAUGAUAGGAGAGACUGAACACCAGUUUUACACAACUUUUACAUAACAUUGCAUUUGGUUUUGAGUUUUUGUCUCAUAUUUUACUUGUUAUUUUAAUUCAUAGUAUUUCUAAAUUCAAAGUUUUUUGCACAUUUUUUUGUGUAAUUAAUUAAUUAAUUUGUCUUUUGGUUAAUUAAAACAUGGGCUUUAUUGGGAAAAUAGUCUUAUUAGGUAUAGUUGUGGCUAUCGGUGCCGUCCUGUAUUCACAGUUUUUGGCACCUGACCCACCAUUGCCUCACAUACCGGAGCUGUGGUUUGGUAAAAAUGCACUUAAAGCCGGACAGGCCAUACCUAAAGACCCGGAGGAUAUCAAUAAGUUUUCGGUGAAAGUGUCGGACGAAGUGCUCAACGACUUGAAGCGCCGGUUAGAGUCGGCCCGUUAUGUGGAGCCCAUACCCGGCACUCAAUUUAAUUACGGCUUUAACGCCGAUUACCUUAAGAAAGUGGUCGACCACUGGCGCACACAAUUCAAUUGGCGCACCCAGGAAAAGGAGCUUAACAAAUUCACCCAGUACACCACCAAGAUCAAUGGCAUCGAUAUCCACUUCCUACACGUCAAGCCCUCAAAACCCGCAAAAACCGUCGUUCCUCUUAUGGUUAUCCAUGGAUGGCCCGGAUCAGUUUGGGAGUACUAUAAGGCUAUACCGAUGCUAAUUGAGCCAACAAAUGAUAUUGCCUUUGAAAUUAUCUGUCCCUCAAUACCGGGCUAUGGGUUCUCAGAGGCACCUCAUCAGCCGGGUUUUGAUGUGACCCAAACGUCCCGGAUAUUCUUGAAACUCAUGCACCGACUCAACCACAAGACCUUUUUCGUUCACGGAGGGGACUGGGGUAUGCGACUNGAUGUGACCCAAACGUCCCGGAUAUUCUUGAAACUCAUGCACCGACUCAACCACAAGACCUUUUUCGUUCACGGAGGGGACUGGGGGUCAAUCAUCUCUAAGACUAUGGCAACCCUAUACCCGGAACAUAUACGCGGAGUGCACACCACAUUUUCUGGCAAUAUGAACCUGAAGGGAAUGGCAUUAGUGAAGUUCAUAACCGGGAUGUAUGCGCCGAGUCUGGUGUUUGCAAAUCCGGAUAAGGAUUACCAGAAAUCGUAUCCAGCUUUGGACAAGUUUUACUUCAUGUUACGCGAAUCGGGUUAUAUGCACCUCCAGGCUACUAAACCCGACACUAUCGGCGCAGCCCUUAUAGACAGUCCCGUAGGCUUAGCCGCCUAUAUAUUAGAAAAGUUCUCGACGUGGACUAACCCGGAUAACGUGCGCAAAUCGGACGGCGCUCUCACCCAGAAGUUCACGUUAGACGAGUUGCUCACAAAUAUCAUGAUUUACUGGACCUCUAAUAACGUGGCGUCGAGUAUGCGCUACUAUAAGGAAAGUUUAACCAGGAUUCCAGUGUCGGCUGCCGUUCCCGCGGCUGUGGCUGACUUUCCUCAUGAGUUGUUGCGAUCGCCCAAAGAGUUGACGCAAUAUUUGUACAAAAAUCUGGUCCAAUACACAGAUAUGCCAAGAGGUGGACACUUCGGCGCCUUCGAGGAGCCCAAACUCAUGGCCGACGAUCUCAAGAAGUUUGUCCGCAAAGUCUUAGAUCUCGAAGCGAAUGACAGAUUGAAUAAACAAAAGUCCAAUGAGUUGUAGAUUUUUGUUAUGAUUAGUUAUUUACAAAUUUAUAAUUAGUUUUUGUACUAUUGAUAUAUUUUAAAUUGAUAUGUUUUGAUGCUAAUUUGGAGUAAACAUCAUGUUAACAAG